ACGUCACGAUUAUCCAAUGAAAAAACGACGUUACAAACGUGCAGUAUUAAAAUUGUAAAUAUAUUUUGGAUAUCAUAAUUGAAAGUCUUUGUCUAAGGUCCAUAACUCUAGCAUGACAUUUGACUCAUUUAUGGCCUUUUUUGAACUAAGAAAAUUCCUGGUUUUAGUGAUGCGUGCAACAUUUAUCUGUGAGGCGUAAGGGGUACGAAAUCAGCGCCUUUUACCACUAAGCCAAAAAUGUCUUUUUAAAAGGCUGAAUGGAAGUAUGCGAUUCUUAUGCAGUGUAAAAUAAUGGUAAUAUACAUGAUUGCUGAUUAUAACAGUUUAUAGUUUAAUUAAAAUUGAACAUUUCCUGUAUUUCUUCAGCAUUUUGAGAAAUGACAUCAUUGGGCUAAACACACCAAGUCGUAUUGUGAUUUCAUGAUAACGUUGAAAUAUAUUCAAACACUCAAACAAACUCUCACACACUUAAUAAAGUUAUACAUAUACCCAAGUUAUUCUCCGUCUAAACCAAUGACAUUAUUUAAAGUCACAUUAUGCAAAUUGACUAGUAGACAGUUAUAACAGUGACUGACAAAAUCAUCUGAAAAAAAUCAUGGAUAAAAUAUGAAUCUGUUUUAAUUAAAAAGACUGCAUUACCAUUAUAUAAAUUGAACAUAACAAGUAAAAUCAAUGAAUAUAUAUAGAAAUUUCAUUGGGUCACAUGAGUUAUUACGUUCAGUCGAAGUAAAUUUUAAAACUGAUAGGAAUUAUGGCAAAAUGCUAUAUAUACUUGGAUGGGCAUAAUGUCACUUUAACAGAACAACUACCAAUUACUUGAUGUGAAUAUUCGAAUUUUUCACGAUAAGUUAUUUCUGAAAAGCAUGUUUUGUAAAAUUUAUUUCUCUUAAUAUACCACAAUAUAAUAUAUAUGCGUCUAUAAAUUUUAAAUCCAGGCGUUAUUCAUACAGAAUACAUUUCUUUAUAUAUUAAAUAUUUUUUACAUCUAAAUUAUGUAUGUUAAUUCCAUAACAUGUUACUGUUAUCAAACUUUUUCAAAUAAAUUACUCUGCAAACAUUCAUGAAAUACAUGAAUGAACAUUCACAAAUCAUUAUCUAUUGUUAUUCAUCAAUGCUUAUAAAGUGUCAAUAAACUAAACGAUCAGAUGAGAUUUAUAUGUCACAAAUAUAUUGUAACUGUCUACCUAAUUAAACAUUACCUAAUUGAUUUUUGUCCGGAAGUUCUCUUUAAUUGCUUGAACGAAUACUGGAAAAAUAGUUAGCUAUGUGCUAAUUACAUUGACAAUGUCGGUCUAUUUUAUUUUAUUGACUUAUUAUCGAUAUAAGACUUUCAAGUGAAAAUCAAAUAAUAAAUAGAGUACUUCCGGGUGUCUAUAUAAAUUUGAUUAGAUCUUUCAAGCAAUUAAAUAGUACCGGAAAUAAUUUUCAAUGUUUUAGUAAAUUUAAUAUCAAUCUUGCACUUAUAAAAGAGUCAAUUCGUUUGUGCUUGGACAUCAUUACAUUGUAUCUUGACUUUAAUUAUUACUUAAAAAUUUCAGACAUAUUUCACCACGAUUUUUGUCCAGUUGAAAGAAUAAUAUCACCAGGAAAACUCUCUUAUUUUGGGGUAAAGAACUCGAGACAUCAAGAAACCCAGUGGCAAAAUUCGCACGAAUACAUAACACGUACAAGUUUUAGAUUGUCAUAUCUGUAUAAACAAUACUACGAAUAGAAGUUAAAUAAAAGGAACCUUAUUGAGAGGACAUAUUUGUGACCAAAAUUAGUAUACUGGUUAACAAUUGACAAUGCACACUGGAGAAGAAUAUAGAUGUGGAGUCUGUGAAGGAUCAUUUGCUAAUGAACAAACUCUUAAAAAACAUAUGAUAUUACACACCAGAGAUACAAGUUUUCAAUGCGAAAUCUGUGAAAAAUCAUUUUCUCAUCAACGUUAUUUGAAAGAGCAUUUAACAAUACACACAGGAGAAAAACAAUAUGAAUGCAAAAUAUGUGACAAAUCAUUUCCUCGAAAUAAAUAUCUUAAACGACAUAUGAGAAUUCAUACAGGAGAGAAAAAUCAUCAAUGCAAAAUCUGCGAUAAGUCAUUUUCUAUAAAAAGUACUUUUGACAGACAUAUGAGAGCACAUACGGGCGAGAAGAAAUACCGAUGUAAAAUAUGUGACAAAUCAUUUGCUGAUAACCAUACUUUCCAAGGACAUAUGACGAUACACACAGGCUUAGGGAAAUAUAAAUGUGAAAUAUGUGAAAAAUCCUAUCCACAUUCUACUUCUCUUAAAUUACAUAUGGCGAUACACACUGGACAGAAAUUUCAAUGUGAAAUAUGUGACAAAACAUUUAAUCAAAACAGUAAUCUUAAAACGCAUAUGAUUACACAUACCGGAGAAAAGAAAUAUAAAUGUGAUACUUGUGAAAAAUCGUUUUCUCAUAAAACUAUCCUUAAAUCACAUAUGAUUACACAUACUGGAGAAAAGGCACAGAGCAUUUGCUUAUAA